UUACAGCUCUACUCUCAGACUGGGAGCUAGUCAGAGGAGCAAGUGGGGCGCAAAUGACAAUGCUGAGCGCACUCGCGGCGUUUUGAUAUUAUUUUUCUCUAGCUUAGACAUAACAGCAAGGAAUAUUGAUUAAAGAGCCACUAUGCUUGUUUCCCCCCACUGUGCUUUACUGUAAAUACGCGCACCUCGGAUCGCCCUGAAGGGGCCAGCUAUGAUCUCCGGUCAGUAAUUUUGUUUCAGAAAUGCUGUCUGAUAGUUUCAUCCAACAGUCACCCUGUCAUUUGGAGCGGUCGGCUGGAUGUGGAUUGUUGUCGGAAUACCUUUUGAAACUCAGCGGAUGGUGAUGUAGCCUGAGCACCCAGAAGAAUUUGGAUACAGCGGAUCGUCCUGGCUGGAUCAUAUAAAAACUCUAGUCAGUACCGAGGACGUUGGAGAAAGAAAGAGUUUUUUUCCCUCACAAACAAACACACACACACACACAUUGGACUGGAAAUAGGUCCAGACGAUGCUUCACUGUGCCAACUGUGAAAAGCCUAUUCUUGAUAGGUUCUUGCUGAAAGUUUUGGACAGACCGUGGCACAUCAAAUGCGUCCAGUGCUGCGAGUGCAAAUGCAGUUUGACAGAGAAGUGCUUUUCACGAGAGGGGAGGCUGUAUUGUAAGAAUGACUUCUUUAGGAGAUUUGGGACCAAAUGUGGAGGGUGCGCACAGGGGAUUUUACCCAGCGAUCUUGUCCGCAGAGCCAAGAGCAAAGUGUUCCACCUGAACUGUUUCACCUGUGUGAUGUGUAACAAGCAGCUGUCCACCGGAGAGGAACUCUACAUCCUGGACGAAUUCAAGUUUGUUUGCAAAGAGGACUAUCAGAACAACAACGGGAAAGACACAGUCCUCCUUUCUGUGACGACGUGCAGCGACCCAAGUCUGUCUCCGGACUCCCAGGAUCCACAUGACGACGGGAAGGACUCGGAAAACGGACAUAUGUCUGACAAAGACGCGUGCGGCAACGAGAACGACGAGCAGGGCGCAGUGGGGAAACGACGCGGGCCUCGGACCACCAUAAAAGCCAAGCAGCUGGAGACCCUGAAAGCGGCUUUCGCGGCCACACCGAAGCCCACCAGACACAUCAGGGAGCAACUGUCACGGGAGACCGGUCUCAACAUGAGGGUCAUCCAGGUUUGGUUCCAAAAUCGGAGGUCUAAAGAGAGGCGCAUGAAGCAGCUGAGCGCUCUGGGCGCACGAAGACACGUGUUUUUCCGCAGCCCGAGGAGGAUGAGAGCCCUGGGGGAGAGACUGGAACCAGGAGAGCUUGGGCAUUUCUCUUAUUAUGGAGAUUAUCCUGGAGAAUAUUACAGCUCAGGAGGGAAUUAUGAGUACUUCCAAGGACCCCCAUCAUCCCAGGCUCAGACCCCAGCAGACCUGGGCUUCGUGCCCUCCACAGUCCCUGCUGGCACCCCAUUAGGAGCCAUGGACCACCACCACCACCACCACGCAGGAGGCCACCACUGUCCCGGAGAGGUGCAGUGUUUCUCUGACACGGUGUCCCAUCACCCCGCGGACUCGCCCAGCCCGGAGCCUAACGGGCCGGGUUCCAUUCACAGCAUGUCCAGUGAAAUGUGCGGCCCCGGCACCCCUUUCACCUCUGUGUCCCUCAGCGACAACGGAUACACCAACCAGCUCUCUCAGCCCUCCUCAGAAAUGAGCGAAGGCACAGUCUGGUAAAGCAGUCGACACAGACUACAGGGCACACCUGGAAUUAUGAAGGCAAAUUGAUUUUCAAUUUUAUUUAUUUAUUUAUGUAUGUAUUUAUUUAUUUAUUUAUUUAUUUAUUUAUGUGCAUUAUCACUCUAUUUAACUCUUUAUAAAUCUCUAUAUUUGUAUGUAAAUUGUUUAUUGACCACCCGAUCAAUAGAUAGUUUUGAAUAAUCCAAUACGACCCACUGAGAUGUGCACACUGCUGGGCCUCACUGAUCAAGCAAUAAACAAAUAUAUUUUUAGGCUGUAGAAAGUGAUCCUCUCUCUCUCUCUUUUUUUUUUAUGUUUACAAAAAUGUAUUGCCACUUACGGUACCGUGCAAAAGUUUUAGGCACUUUAGAUUUCAUGGUUUCACCCACCCAACAUGAGAACGAGCCCAACCGCACAGCCACAGAGUCCUGAAGAUCUGUCUUCAGAGACAGGAGUUCUGCAACAGAUGUUGUGGCCUCUGCGGAAUCCCCGCCAUUAAGGGAUUACACGAGGACACAGAAGAAGCUGAGGCAGGCAAAAGCUGCAGGAUUCAUCGCUAAGCAGUCCUCAAGAAAAAAAUAUGCGAUCAGAUUUGUUUGUUUCUGUUUCGGUGCACUUUUUUAUGUAGAACAAGUCAUGGCAUUGUUUUUGGAGGUGCCCUCGCUUUACAUUCAGUGCAUAGAAUUUUUGCACAGCACUGUAAAUAUGACUCCUCAGAAUUCCACGUGCAUGACAGUAUUUUUAAAUACGUUACAGUGUUUUACAUGUCCAGCACCCUCCCUCCACCCAUCCAUGAGUCCAUGUGUAAUACAAGGGUUUAUUAUUUGCUAACAGAUCAUCAUGAACAACAUCUGACCAAAAACGUCUCUCAGGACCGUGGAAAAAAAGGAUUUUAGUUCUUAAUUGCCGCCCCUCUAUUCUUUUAUUUUGCUGCCCCAACGCGUUUGCCUUUGAGACAUUGUCUUUAUAAAUCUGAAAUUUUUUUAUAUGUAACAGAAAACAAUUAGACCUUAACACGAGUCCAACCUUCUAUGUAAAACGAUGGACGAUACUGUACAGAACAGUCGCUUGUUUACUUAAAGUUUUCAGGGGGUUGUGUUUCAGCUGUAAAACCUCCUCAUCCACACUGACAGACUAUUUAAAUGCAAACAAACCAAAUUUUUGUAGGUGUUCUAUUUAUGUGGUCUCUCACUGUGCUAGUUUGUAUUAUGUCCUCAUUAAAAAAAGAACAGAAAAUGCUAAUAAACUGUUGCCAAAUCAGA